GUUUCCGAUGGAAAGGCAAGAACUUCAGUAACUCGUCAGCAGUUGGUGGCGAGACAAGUUGCGACAUCGAUGGCGUGAUCGUUUAUCUUUUCGUUCAAGGACACCUCGUCCCAGUCGAAAAAUGGCAACCAAUUCAACUGUUUCGCUGUCGAUUUCUAUCGACAGAGAAAAGAUUUUAGGGAAAGGGGCUUACGGGACCGUUUACGAAGGGACGUGGAAGGACAGAAAAGUGGCCGUCAAGCGAAUUCAAAUCGAAAACGUUGAAAACAACAAAGGAGGAGAAGAAGCUUUGCAGAAAUUAGAUCAUCCAAAUGUCGUCAAACUCUAUCACGUUGAAAGCGACAUUGAUUUCAGAUUUUAUGCGCUGGAAUUUUGCCAGGCAUCGCUGGAUCAAAAAUUUUUGAAUGAGAAGAACCCGAAAAAAUAUCGUGGAGCCAUGCCCCCCGAUGAAGAAGUUUGCCUCCAGUUGGCUACGGGAUUGGCAUACAUUCAUGAAAACCGAUUGAUUCAUCGAGAUCUCAAACCCGAAAACGUUCUCAUCUGGGUGGAUAUCACUGGAAAAGUGUUGAUGAAAUGGGCCGAUUUUGGACUUAGUAAACAAGUUAGCGAAAGAGGAAGUCAUUUCAUUAGUGGAAUGAGAGGAACCCCCAACUGGUAUUCCCCUGAAAUAUUGAAGAUAUUUAUUGAAGAGGAAAAAAAUGAUCGUAAAACUACGACGACAACACCCGACACUCGUCCAAGAGGAACCGUCAAGAGCGACGUUUUUAGCGCGGGACUUGUUUUUGGCUAUUAUCUAUUAGGCGGUGAUCAUCCUUUCGGUUCUGCUAUAAAUGUUUCACCAAACAUUGUCAACAAUGAGCCAGUCAAUCUGCCAAAAAUAAAAGAUCCUUCCAUGCACGCGAUCAUCGUGGACAUGUUGAAGGCCAAUCCCAACGAGAGGAUUUCAUCGGCCGACGUCGUAACAAGAAUCAACAACUUGAUAAAAUUCCAUUAUAUCCAGCUGCACUAUCUCGGUGUAGUUUCUACCGAGGAUGACACGGAUGACACCAAGUGGCAUGAGCUUGUUCGGGCCCCCAUGAUCAUCGGUGUCUUGAGCCAACUGAUGAUUCGCACGUCGCAGUUGACGGAUUUCCGAAUUGACCAGAUCGACAAAACGCACAUUCCUUUAAUUAAACAUCCGAGCAGUUUCCGCACAACUCUGGUGCAAAUCGUCAACGACGCUUACAAUGCUUUCAAGAAGGCGCAUACCAACAUGGAAAAGAUUCAGUUACAGGUGGCCCAGUUGGCUUUUUAUGUAAUAGAUUGCGUCACAAUAAUCAAAUCCGACAGCAAAGUCGACAUAGAGAAAUUGGUGCCCAGACGGCUGGAAUGCAUCAAACAAGCAGCCGACGACGGACUGAAACGGUCAGAGGAGGAACUCGACGCUUUCAACUUAUUGAGUUAUUUGAUUAACCAAGUUCUGCUGGCGAUGUCGGCCAGCCAUGGAAGAAAAGAGCAAGAGAUUCAAGAUGCAAUGUAUGCAAAUAUUGAGGAGAAAAAAAGGCGCCAAGAAGCAGCUAUAAAUGGUCAGAAAAAAUCCGAGAAGGAGAUAAAAAAAAUGUGCGAUGAGUUCACUAAAAGUUUAAAAAAUAUGCACAUUCAUGUUGAAAAAGACAUCAGUACAGAUCCAAUGCAAAUCUUAAAAGACGGAAUGAAACUACUUAGCGAAUUGCAGGAAAAUUGGGCUGGUAUGACCCUGUACUUCCAAUUCUUUAACAAGCACAUAAAAAAAGUUUCGAAAAAACAAAACAUGUUUCUCAAACAUGCCAAAGAUGCCCAAGAAGAUACUUUUUUUAUUGAUUUCGUAAUGACCGUUCCAAUGAAGAAAUUGCUGAAAACGUCCAUCAAGUCACAUCACAUCGCUGCCACGUACGUCAAAGUCUCAAACAGCUACAUCAUGGGACCUUUGAGGAACAUCCACGGAAUGGUGGCCAUCGAACCCGAAAAAAAAAAAACAAGCGCAAAAGGAGUUGAUAGAAUCGUGUGAAAGAGCUUCUAAAGGCAUUCAAAUCAUGUUCAACGAGGACAGUGUACAGACUAUCCCUGAAAUAGAAAAUGCGCUUCAAUCACCAGACCCGUUCAAAGUACUAUUCACAAUUGAUGAUGUUGACUAACAAAGAUUAUAUUAGUUCUACGUGUUUGUUUUCUGUUGUUUCAAAUACACCCAUUUCAUCGUCAAA